GGUGCUUUGACGUCACCGGCGUCCGUCUUUGCACAUGGAUGGAGAAGUGUACAGGCUCAGUCAAAGCUGUGCUCGCCCCGCUCUCCUCCUCCAGCUAUUUGCCAGCCCCGUCUACAUAGACAGCCAGCCGCUCACCGUCCUGCUGCUGCGCGGAGUCGUGUCUUCUCCCUCCGAGCUCCAGCGUCGUUUUAUCCCCUUUGCGAGGAUCUCCAAGGGACCGGCCAGCGAGUACGGUCGCGUCUCUUUUGGGGGGGAAGUUCAGAUUUGUCUCUGCGACUUUUGUUCUCCAAUUGCCCUUCAAGACAUCCAGAGAAAAUGGCCAGACCUCUUCCUAUAAACCAAACUUUCCUGCCGCCGACUCACGGCGUACUGAAAUCCCUGCUGGAAAACCCGCUAAAACUGCCUUUCCACCACAAUGGAGGAUUUGGGAAAGACAAGGAGGAAGCAAAGAAGCUGGACGAUGAGAGCAGCACCGCCAACCACCCACAGUCGGCCUUCCUUGGCCCGACCCUCUGGGACAAGACACUGCCGUACGAUGGGGACAACUUUCAGCUGGAGUACAUGGACCUGGAGGAGUUCCUGUCGGAGAACGGCAUCCCGGCCAACACAGAACAGGGAGACCAGGCAGCGCAGCAGGCACCGCAGGCGCAGCAGGCCUCGCCGCCCGCCCCACCCACCACGCCUACACCCACUGUGGUGGACCUCAGCAGCCGCGCUACCACCUCCAUUCACACAGGCAUGGCGCCUCAGACGUGUCUCCGCAGCCCCAGCACAGCAGCACUGCCCUCAGCCCGAGACACCCCCAGCCCCAUCGACCCAGAGUCCAUCCAGGUGCCCCUGGCCUACGAGCCCGACCCGCAAGACCUGGCUCUGUCCAGCGUGCCCGGCCAGGAAAUGUUCGACCCCAGGAAACGCAAAUUCUCCGCCGAGGAGCUGAAGCCGCAGCCCAUGAUCAAGAAAGCACGCAAGAUCUUCAUCCCCGAAGACCUGAAGGACGACAGGUACUGGGCCCGCCGCAGAAAGAACAACGUGGCAGCCAAGAGGUCCCGGGACGCCCGGCGGCUGAAGGAAAACCAGAUCGCCAUCCGGGCCAGCUUUCUGGAGAAGGAGAACGCCGCUCUCCGCAUGGAGGUAGCAGAGAUGAGGAAGGAGCUGGGCCGCUGCAAGAACAUUGUGGCUAAAUACGAGGCCCGGCACGGUUCCCUGUGAGCCCCCAGCGCUCCAACACAUCUCCGCUCCAGCUUCUCCAACAGCACUCUGGGUAUUUUAAUGUUCAGAUAGCACUUUAUAAAAAACAAAAUAUAAAAAUAUUUUUUUUUUUUUGCUGUGCAAUCGUGGGCGUAGCUUUGCAGUUUAUUUUUUUCUUCUUCUUCAUCAACCAGCAAUAAUUCCUGUCCAGAACUAAACUAACAAGACUACCUACAUGUUUCUAAACCCCUUCCUG